AUGUACCCCUACCCCUCUCCCUACGGAGCUACUCCCUCGAUUCUCCCCGCGCUGCAGGGGCCGCCGACUGGCUCGUGCGUGCCUCACAGUGCACCCGGCGGGGCCCCUGGCGUCGUCCUAGGGCCCCCGACUGGAGCCCCAGCAAUCCCUGGCGCCGCGACCGCGGUCGCGGCGCCAGGGGCGGCGGGAGCGUCUGCGGGUGGCAUGAGUGGUGCAGGCGUGCAGAGUGUAAUGGCCAUGGAGGGCGAGGAGGAUGGUGGCGACACCUGGGCAGUGAAUCGAUGCCAUCUCCACACGAAGCCACAGCUGCACUGCAAAUUCUGCCGCAAAUACAAAAGUUUCGCGCAGCAGCUCGGGAUCCUGCAGAAGCGAGAGUUGCGGCAGCAGGAAGACGACGACGUGCAGAAGAGAAAUAUGGUAGAAAUGACAGACACAACGACAUUCAACGUGAACGCCCUCCUCAGAUCGAAUAUCCUGGCCUCGGAGUACUUUAAGUCCCUCCACGAGUUGAAGACGGUGCCGGAAGUCGUCGAGGAGAUCGUCCAGUACGCGCAGCACGCGGAGCCGUAUUGCUCGGGCUCGUCGCGGGCGCCCUCCACCCUCUUCUGUUGUCUCUACAAGCUCUUCACCAUGAAGCUCGCCAACAAGCAGCUGGAGCAGCUGCUCGAUAACUACGACUCGCCCUACGUGCGCUGCACCGGCUUCCUCUAUCUCCGCUACGUCCAUCCACCUGAGAAACUGUGGAAGUGGUUCGAGCCCUACUUUUUGGAUGACGAGGAGUUCGCAGCGAGUGCAGACCCGAAGCGGACGACUACCAUAGGUGAAUACGUGGAGUCGCUGCUGACGGAGGACAAGUACUUCAACACAGUGCUGCCUCGCCUGCCGGUGAAGGUCAAGAAUCUUUACGGCACGCAGGUCAUGGCGAUGGAUGAGCACCGAAAGCGCAAGGCGCAUAAUAUGCAGGACAUCAACCGCUUCGUCCCCGGCGCCGCUGUGCAGGCAUGCUCGAAGGGGGACUGGCUGGAGGGCGAGAUCAUCUCUGUGGAUCUCGAGAGCCGGCCGGGCGGCGCGUGGGUGCAGCUCGAGGACGGGUCUGAGGAGCUGAUUGACCUCGGCUUGGUGAUUCUAAUCGAGUCGCUCAAGAAGGAGAGCAAGAAGGAGAAGAAAUCGAAGAAGCACAAGCGCGAGGUGCACUACUCCCGCGAAGGCCACGGGUCGCACCGCCACUCCGACGACGACGAGCGCCGGCGCAGAAGCCGCUCGCGCAGCGGUAGCCGCGGAGGCGACCGCGAACGCAGGCGAGACAAACACGCCUCCCACCGCAGACACAGAGACGGAGAAGAGCGCGAGGCCUCCGGCCGCUCAGAUCGAGGCGACAGACACAAAGGCAGCAAACGCCACAGCCGCUCGGGGAGCCCGCGAGCGAGGACGCAGCACGACUUGCUCAAAGAGUUCAGGAGAAAGGAACGCGAAAAAGCGCUCGCGACCGGAAAGGACUACGCACGAAGGCCGACGUCUUACAAGUCGUCGCUGUCCUCUCGCCUUACGAACGCGCCGCACUCGCAGUCGUCGCGCACGCACGUGUCUUCUUCCGCGCGCAAGUCUGAGCGAUCUCCGUCGCGCGGCCGCGGAGGCAGUAAGCGCCCCGUGCAGUCGAGCGAGAGGGAAGGCGCGCGUGCGCCGGCGUCCUCUGCGUCGAGUGAAGCAGCAGCUGCGGCUGCGCCUAAGCAGCCUUCGCAGGAGCAUCUGAAGAAAGUUCAGCAGCUCAUGGAGCGGUACAGCCGACCCGGGGCGGGGGCCGCCGGGGGCGCGCCGCGGACUCAGGACGGCGACCUGCCUGAGGUCAUGCGGCUGGGGGGGAGAUAG